GUAUAAGUAAAGUAUACAUACGCCAUCAUCUGUUUCCUUCGAAAUUGUUUUUGAAACAUACCAUUUGAUAUAAUUAAGAAUAUUCAGCUACUUGGCCUUUUCCCACUCUUAUUUAGUUGACAAGGGAGAUUAAAUGUUUAUGUAGUAGAGUUACAUAUGUACGCGCGUCCACAAAUUUAACAAGGUACAAAAUCACUAAAACUAUGCACAACCAUGUUCUCUACUCAGUUGUGUUCUUUCUUGGUCUCGUUUCCUUCAUCACAUGUUUUGUAGCCGAGUUCAAGAGAAAAAAGGUACCACGUCAGCUAACCUCCAUGAAAAGUCUUGUUUUGGUUUUUCUUUAGUCGAAAAGUUCAAACCAAGUUAUUCAUGUCUGCAGAAAGAAGACGUUCGAUGGGACACAGAGAGGAACUGUUAUAUACCAGGAAGCCAUGCUUUUUGGCUCGGAACAGCUGCUCUUCUUUGCUUCUGUGUUGCUCAGAUCGUUGGAAACGUAGCUGUGUUCCGAAUUUACAGGACACGAACCGAAAGAGAAGAUGGUUAUAAGAUUACUAAUCUUACUUUACCAACUGUUCUUUUGAUUCUCUCCUGGUCGAAUUUUGUGGUUGUGGUUUUGAUUCUGAGUACUGCAAUAAGCAUGAGCCGAGCGCAGCCUUUUGGAGAAGGAUGGCUUGAAGAAAAUUGUUACCUUGUCAAAGACGGUGUCUUUGCAGCUUCAGGUUGCUUAGCCAUCCUUGGAUUAGGAGCCUUGACUAUAUCAGCCACUAAGAUCAAAGUAAAGAAACAACAACAACAACUUGUGGCAGUCGUAAUCAAAGACCAAAAACAAACACAAUCAGAAGAAAGAAAGCAGAACCAUGAUGAUCACCAGAUGAACAAGUCAGAAACUGUGAUUUAUUUUGUGGAAGAAGCACCUUCCACUGCUGAGACAGGAUAUAAAUAAAAAGAAGCAAAAAAAGAGAGUUUACUAGUUUUAAUAUUUACAAAUUAAAGUUGUAUUUGAUGGAUAAUUAGUGUCUUUGUAUUGGAAAUGUUGAAUGGACAUAACACCGCACCAAGCACACUAAAAAUGUUGGGUCACUUUAGGAUCCCAUAAAGGUAUAUAUAAUAAUUAAUGUAGUAUUAUGCUA